AGUAUAUAUUAAGGUGAGGACUGUGGAGUUAUGUGUUUGUAAAUCCUUUCUUGAUUUGAAUCCAUCCAAAACACAACAACCAUAGCGAUUCUGUGAACUGUUUUCAAUCUCACAAAAGCAUUAUAAAAAAAAAAAAAAAACUCGCUUUCAACUUUUUCUUUUUUCUUCCGUCUCUGUUUUUAAUGCAUAACGAAGCAACUUCCUCCAUACCAACUCUCGAUGACUGACCUCAGCUCCUCGAGUCUACGCUCCGAAGCUCAUAAGCCCACCGGAAACUCCCCUCCUCCUCCUCCUCCUGGACACGUCAGCAUCUCCCUCACACCUCCAUCUCCAACACCACCCUCCGCCACCACCAACCUCCGCAAAAUCUCUCUCCUCCCACUAAUCUUCCUAAUAUUCCACGAAGUCUCCGGCGGCCCCUUCGGUAUCGAAGACACCGUCAAAGCAGCGGGACCGUUACUCUCCAUCCUCGGCCUCAUCCUCUUCCCUUUCGUAUGGAGCAUCCCUGAAGCGCUCAUCACCGCCGAGAUGGGCACCAUGUUCCCGGAGAACGGCGGCUACGUCGUCUGGGUCUCCUCCGCGUUAGGACCUUACUGGGGGUUCCAGCAAGGCUGGGUGAAAUGGCUUAGCGGCGUCAUCGACAACGCUCUCUACCCCAUCCUCUUCCUCGACUAUCUCCAAUCCGGUUUACCGGUUAUCUCCUCUGGACUUCCACGUGUCGCUUCGGUUAUCACGUUGACUUUCGCGUUGACUUAUUUAAACUACAGAGGGUUGAGUGUAGUUGGUGUAGCUGCUGUUAUGAUCGGUGUUUUCUCGAUUUUACCCUUUGUGGUGAUGUGUUUAGUGUCGAUUCCAAAGGUUGAGCCUUUACGUUGGCUGGUGGUGAGUGAGAAGAUGAAAGGUGUAGACUUUGGUUUGUAUCUCAACACUUUGUUCUGGAACCUUAACUACUGGGAUUCCAUCAGUACUCUCUCCGGAGAGGUUGUUAGCCCGAGUGAAACUUUACCGAAAGCUCUUUUUUAUGCUUUCCUUUUAGUUGUGUUAUCUUACAUCUUCCCGGUUUUGUCUGGGACGGGAGCUUUGCCUCUUGAUCAGAGGCGUUGGACCGACGGUUACUUCGCUGAUGUAGGGAAAGUGAUAGGAGGAGGGUGGUUGGGUUGGUGGAUUCGAGCGGCGGCUGCUGCCUCCAACAUGGGGAUGUUUUUAGCUGAGAUGAGUAGCGAUUCGUUUCAGCUUCUUGGUAUGGCUGAGCGCGGGAUGCUACCCGAAGUCUUUGCUAGAAGAUCGCGGUACGGAACUCCCUGGGUUGGGAUACUGUUCUCAGCCUCUGGGGUGAUUGUGUUGUCGUGGUUGAGCUUCCAGGAGAUUGUGGCGGCGGAGAAUUUGCUGUACUGUUUUGGGAUGGUGUUGGAGUUUGUAGCGUUUGUGAGGCUGAGGGUGAAGUAUCCGGCUGCGUCGCGGCCUUUUAAGAUACCUGUAGGGGUUUUGGGGUCGGUGAUCAUGUGUGUUCCUCCGACUGUGCUGAUUGGUUUCAUUGCGGCGUUUUCGGACUUGAAAGUUGCUGGGGUGAGUCUUGCGGCUGUAGUGAUUGGGCUUGUGUUGCAACCUUGUCUGAAGCAAGUGGAGAAGAAGGGUUGGCUUAAAUUCUCAGUCAGCUCUCACUUACCAGACCUGAUGGCCUAAGCAACAUCAGGUUUGAUGGUGAAGACUGUAGAUGAAGAAGCUUUUGGUUUUACCUUUAGAUCAGUUAACAGGUAGAAGAAAAAAAUGUGUAUUUUGAAUCAGAGCUUAAAGAGAACUUAUCUCAACACAACUGAAUAAAGAAGACUUUUACAUUUCAA